UGCCAUGAGACCACUCUUCCCCCAAAUUCGAUUGCGCUGCCUUCUUUUUCCUGUGGCCGGAGUUGUUGGGAAUCCAUCUUAUAUGCUGCUUGAUUGGUUGUGCUGAAUCUUGUUCUGUCUGGCGUAUUCCUUGGCCAAUUGAUUCCUUCUGUUUCGUCAUGAGCCUCACACUUUUCAGAGGAAAACCGAUUCCCAUGUGGCAUCGCAAUUAGCUCAUGGUCAUGCCAGCCGUCGGUUUUUUCCUCUGAUGUGCAGGAGAGCUGCACUGUUAGAGAAAACGGAGCCGGGGCUCUUGUGCUGCCCGAGCUCUGAAGUCUGAACUAACCAUCCAUGGCCGUGCUCCUCGCUUAGAAGAAACUGUAGCACAGGAUGAAGUAGGAGGUUGCGUAUUCCGUGGUAUAGUACAUGGCGCGGGUCUCAUGCCAGGCUCACACCGCUUGUAUAGGCGCCUGAUCAGAUCAAAGGCAUCUCCUCCAGAGCCUGACUUGACCUGCUCUUGCAUUCCGUGUCCAGUUUGUCCUCCCGUGGUUUCUUGAACCAUUGAGUUUGUCCUGACUAGACUGGAGCUUGUGAUUUCUGCCACCAUCUGGGCCAGACUGAGGUAGCUAGUGUCCUGCAAUGCUAUCCGUGCAGAUGGAUUCCUUGACGUGAAUCCGCAGCGACUUGUGACAGAGCACCAAGUUCCUCGGCAGAAAGCCAGAACAUGAUCGGCCUGGCCUUCGUUGCUUCUCCGAUUCUGCUCCUGAAACCGACCCCAAUCAAAUGGUAUCUAUCUCUGGCUUGUGUAGUACGCACCAUCUAGGGACUAUAUUCCUUGUGCAAACACGCCCCCUUGACUAGUCAUGGACUCAUGGUCUGCUGGGAAGUGAGGCAGGCGCACAACUUGUGUCCCACUGCACGAAAUUCUCCAGUGGCCUGCUUUGCCCGUAAACUUCUGCCCUCCCACGGUUCUUUGUUUAAAGUUACGUUGAUUGGACAGGCGAACAAAGUUUUCCAGCUAUAGGUUUUUCAUUAGAUUUUUCCACAAGGUUAUGUUUCCACUAUAUGUUAUAUGUUAAUGCGUGGGGAAUAUAAUGAUCAAAGGCUGGGAGCCAGCCGGCCAGGGCUCGAACCCCGAUCCUGCAUGCCUUCAAGCAAAUGCUGCUGUCCUUUCUUAAAAAAAAAUAAUGAUCAAAGCCUUUCUUUCAAAAAAAUAAUGAUCAAAGCCACGCCUAGAUAAUAUCCAUCUCAUGCUGUCAAAUCAAAGGUAACGGAGAGGUGCUUGUGCCAUAGUCUCUCUUUGUGUUUAAGGUGUUAAAGAUAUAUUCCACCUCAUAUUGUUGGUUUUUAGUAGGGGAAAAAACAACUUACUGCCAAGUUUGCCUGAUAAACCCAUGAACUAUAAAAUUGUAUAUUUAAUCCCCUUUUUCACGAAAAAGAUGAUUUUUCACCUUUUGCUUUAAUUGAAUCAGCAGCUUAAUUAGUUGACAUGUAUUGUAUACUGUAUUCCAUUAACCUUUGUUUAACUAACAAGGGAAUAUUUAGGGUUUGCUAGAUCUAAAGUGACUCAAAUUUUACUAUACCUAAAGAAAUAAUAUGCCUAGAAAAGAUGUGGAAUGGAGGUUGAUCUAAUUUGAUGAAUUCCAAAAACCCCCCAACUUGUAGUUGACAUACAUCCAAUUAACCCCUGUUUCACUAAACUACUGCUGCUUUGUUCCAUCAAAUAUGCGGCAUCACUUUCACACAUGUGGUUGAUUUGCAAAGUACAUGUGGAAGUAAGAGCCCAUUUGGGAGGGCUCCUCGAGCGGCUUCGGGCGAAGCCCUCCCAAACAGCAUCCGGCAAUGGCUUCGCUACCGAAACCCUGCAUUUUGCGCUCUCUGAAGCCAUUUGGUAGAGGAGGAGCCAGAAAACCUAGCUCCUCACGGCUCCUCCUCGCUUGUCGUUUUUGAUCCCGGAGGGGCUUUCGGGUGGCGCAAUAGGAGGCCGGCGGCGGGAGCUCAUGGUCCGGGCGAAGCAGCUGGCCGGCGCGGGAGGUCGAGGUGGGGCGAGAGCAGCCGACCGGUGCGAGAGCUUGAGGCGGCCGGCCUGCGGCGGGAGCUCGACGUGUGGGGGCGGAGGUGGCCGCCGUGGCAGCGUGACGUGCGGGCGGAGGCGGCGGGCAGGCGCAGGAGCUCAACACUGGUGGAGGUAGCUGGCAUGCAGCUGUGGCUGCGGGCGGAGGCAGCCGCCGCGGGAGCCCAAGGCGGGGUGGAGGCGGUCGGCUCGUGCGGGAGCCCAAGGCUGGGCGGACGGCCGGCGCCUGGCAACAGGAGCAGAGGCGAAGCAACGAGAGGUUGGGGUGGGGGCGGAGGCGAAGCAGCAAGAGGUUGGGGUGGGGGCGGAAGCGGGCGGCGGGCGGCGGGCUGGAGGUGGCCAGGACUCGGGAGCAGACGGCGCACGGGAGGAAGAAAGAAGUGAGAAGAAGCGAUAAGAAGGAAAGAGAAGGAAGGAAGGAAGAAAAAAUGAAAAGAAAAGAAAAAAAGAGAAAAGAGAAAAGGAGGGGUAUUAUGGUCAUUUGACCUUUUCUAUGUAUGUUAAAUAAUCGGAAGGAUCCGUUUUGCCAAACGUUUUUCAAAAUGGUUUCAGCUCUAUCAGAGAAACCGCUCCACCAGAGGAGCCGCAGCCGGAGAUGUAUUUGGAGCCAUAGCCCUGCCAAACAGGCUCUAAAUAUGCUAGACGAAACCACCCAUCACUUCAUGCUUCGGGGAAAAAGACUAGCCCCUAAACCACAACAUGUCAACUAAGCAAACACCAGGAGGCUAUCACAGCCUCACGGGGAACACGCUGGAAAUUAAACGAGCAACUUAAUUAGUUGACAUGUAUAUUGUAUACUAUAUUCCAUUAACCUUUGUUUAACUUUUAACAAGGGUUGCUUUGUCCCAUCACCCGUGCAUCGCUUUCACAAAUGUGGAGUAUUUGCAAACUGCAUGUAGAAGCAUGUGCUCUUUACCAAAAAGAUAUGCGAGGAGGCUAUCAACCGUGACACGUGGAAUCUAGAAUAUUUGGACCACCAAUAAUGACCACACCAUGACUAUGCUUAGACCUUGGAUACAUUUAAUAAACCGCAUGCACACUGUCACUCUCCAUCCACAUGGCACAAUAAAAUUAGCAAAUUAAAUUAACCGGCCGAUCAGAUGUAAACCUCUUUUUUUAAUUACAAGGCACGUUGUGCUACUCAAAUCGUAGUAGCUGCACGAGCAACUCGCUGAAGAAUAGGAGCUUCUCUCUCUUGUCGCCGGAAGCGUGUCCACGAGCAGGAAGAGAGAGGGCGGGGUAGAAGAUUAUGCAGUCUAGGAGCAGUCUCUACUCGUCAUUUCCCCUUCAAACCUCCACGCACGCGUGCUAUUCUCGCAAACGGAGUCGUGGUCUCGCCACCGUGUGGCAGCAUCUGACGUGUUUACUCGUCGCUGGCUCGCUCUAGUUCACACAUUUGCGAGGUACGGUGGCUCGUCCUGUUCAAUGUACUCGCUGCUUGAAUUUUUCCUCCUCUAGUUUGGUUUGCCACCAGGAGAAGAUGCACUUUUUAUAUAUCUUCCGUGCACUGCAUGUAUAUGUGCUCAACAUGCAAAUAUGAUAAACUUUGUUGACUGGUUGUUAAGAGUGGCCAUGCGUUGAACUUGAACAUAUCCUCCUGUGCGCAUGUCUAAGUUUUAUUUCACAGAGAUGCCCAUCUUAAUUUAGGUAUUUCUGUGCCCUCAAUGAUUUUUAUACUAAUUUGCAAAUUAAGCCGUCAAAGUAUUGUUUAUAGAACAAAGGUCCCUUGCUCUUGAUUUAACUUGGAAUAUCCACAUAUUAUUAUUCAAUUCUCGUUUAAAUCCCUUGAUCUCUGGUUCCAGCUACGACAAUCAUUUAGUCGUGGCUAAAAUCAUUUGCAUGGAAAUACUUAUUCAUUUCAUCUAAAUGGUUUAUCAAUAUUGCAAUCUGUGAGCAAUGUGAAUUUUCAACUAGAUAGAAUGACAUAUCCAUGUGUGCAGUUCAAAACCAUGUUGGAAAACUCUAGCAUUAAUCAUUUAAAUUAAGGUUACAAUUGUAAGUGCCAAUAUUCUGUGAUACUACAGUGUUGUUUUAUUUUUCUAGCCAAUUGCAAUUUUAUGUUUGAAUUGCUUUCUUUAUGUAAUUUUUAUGAAAUUCUAAUAGGAAAUGAUAGAUAUCGUAGUGUAACAAAUUGCAAGGUCCAUUUAUUACGGGCCUGCAGUACGAUCAUGUAUAAUGAAAAAAACAAAGAAAGCCGGUUUCCCUUUGGAAUAUUAAAUAGCGGUUACUGUGGGGUGCCAGCCGCAAAUACAGUACCGGCUGGAGAUUUCCAAGUGGCUGUGGCCCCCUACGUGGAACCUUCUGAUCCCUCUCCUCAUCCGACGUGUGCGCCACCUGACCCCACCUCCUCACCCCAAAGCGCGUCGCCGCAGGCCAGCACGUGUUAUUUUCAGCCUCCGCCUCCAUUAAACAAUUGCGAAAUCCUAGGUUUGACCUUUCCUCGCCUCGUCCCGCCGGCCCCACCCAUCCUCCUCUCUCUCUCUCUCUCUCUCUCUCUCUCUCUCUCUCUCUCUCUCUCUCUCUCUCUCUCUCUCUCUCUCUCUCUCUCUCUCUCUCUCACGCACGCCGCGCCUCCUCCUCAAGCUCAACACGCCAAUUUGACCACGUGACCGUAAUCCACCUCCGCACACCGGUGCCUAUUUAACCCCGCGUCCCAACACUUCCAAGCAUCCAAACCGCUCUCCCAAACCGCGCUCCACUCCGUGUCUCCCUCUCUCUCUCGCCAUCGCACCCCCGCCGCCACCGCCGCCGCGUCGUGAUCGAGCCUGUGGAGCGACAAGUGAGGCCGGAAAUGCAGAUGGACUCCUACUUCUACGCCGGCUUCUUCCACGACGAGGCCCCGUUCUACCCGCACGGCGCCGUGCCCCUCUCCCCGGAGCUGCCCUUCGGCCUCAUUGCCUCGCCGGGGGAGCCCGAGCCCCCCUUCCCGCCGCCGGAGGCGCCGAGGCCCUCGGCGUUCCAGGAUUACUCCGUGGCCGGGCCGGAGCUGCUGCCGCAGGCCGUGGGCGCGGGAGAGCCGCACAACGGGAGCGCGGGCGCGGGCGCGGACGUGCACAUGCGGGUGGUCGACGCUCUGGGCGGGAUGGGCGGGGACCCCGUGCAUGAUCAGACAAUGGGGGAGGAGUGGGAGGAGGAGCCGCGGCGGCAGCGGCAGCAGCAGCCGGCGGGCGCCGCCGUGGAGAGCAGCCGCGGGUUCCGGCACAUGAUGCGGGAGCGUCAGCGGCGCGAGAAGCUGAGCCAGAGCUACGCCGACCUCUACGCCAUGGUCGCCGCCCGGUCCAAGGGCGACAAGAACUCCAUCGUGCAGUCCGCGGCGAUCUACAUCCACGAGCUCAAGGGCGCGCGGGAGCAGCUGCGGCGGCGGAACGAGGAGCUCAAGGCGCGGAUCCUGGGCCACGACGCGCGGCAGCAGUGCGUCAAGGUGCAGUUCGAGGUGGACGAGCCGGCGUCGGCGAUCGACUCCCUGAUCGGGGCGCUCCGGCGCCUCAAGGGCAUGGACGUCAGGGCCAGGGGCAUCCGAUCCACCAUGUCCGGAUGCAGGCUGUGGACGGAGAUGAAUGUCGAGACCACGAUUGCGGCUGGGGAAGUGGAAAAGGCCGUGGAGGAGGCCCUGAUGCAGGAAGUGGAGAGGAAGCAGCAGCAGCCUGCGGAGGCCGCUAGUGGCGGAGGCCCAGGCCUUCCGGGAACCAGCGCCGGCGCCAGGGGGUGGGGCCCACAGGCGUCGUCGCACGUGCAAAAUGUGUUUUGACUCAUGGGACCCCACACCCCCCCCCCCCCCCCCCCCUCAAAGCAUUGAGCAUGGAGAAAUCAGAAGCCCCGUUUCGUUCAUUCUUUCACGCGUGGAGCAAAGAGAAGAAGAAUGUCCACGUGCCCAUAGCGACGCCCCUGGUUCUGUGUCUUGCUUUGUUUAAUACAAGUCGCUGUUGUUUAGGAGUACAGUACAGUAUACAUCUCAGCUUGCAAUCGAGCAUUUGAGCACGUGAGAAAUUGUAAGAAGCUUUAGUUCGCCUAUUGUUUACAAGGGACGGAAAGAGACGUGGAGGCAGCGAGGACUCGGGUCCGAGUCAGCUGGGGGAGGAAGCCGGCGAGAAGAGAGGUCAAGAACCAAGGGGGCCGGCACGUUUUGGUCGUGCCCGUGUUUUUUUUUUUUUUGAAAGAAGGGUCGUGCCCGUGUUGCGCUGUAGAUCCUGACCCGAGGCUGCAGCCCGUGGUUCUUUACUACAUGUCGCGUUCACGUGCACACGUAGUAGACUGGUACUGUAGUUUAUCUUGUGGCUUUCAUCCGGAGCUAGCGAUCGGCGUCAGGGGCACCACCCGGCCGGCCCUCGUGUCAGCGUCAUGCUUAGUUUGGCCCCCCAAGGGAAACUGUUUGAUCUGGUUUGCUUCCGGGAAAUUUCACCUGGGUUAGCCGAUUGGAAUUGGGUUAGGCUUAUUCUAA